AUGUGGGCUUUUCAGUCUCCCAAAACUACGCAUCUGCCUUCCCCUGCCACUUUCCUGCCUCGCACGUCUCUGAAACCUCCAAUUUGCUCAAUAACCUUAAAUCCCACAACUUCCACUGACGACAAUAACAAACUAAUUCAAUCUCUCUGCAAGCAAGGGAGCCUCAAACAAGCUCUUAAGCUCCUCUCUCAUGAGCCCAAUCCAACCCAACAGACUUAUGAGCUUCUAAUUCUUUCUUGCACCCACCAUAACUCUCUCCUUGAUGCCCAAAGCGUUCAUCGCCACCUCCUUGAAAAUGGGUUCGAUCAAGAUCCUUUUCUGGCCACCAAACUCAUCAACAUGUAUUCGUUUUUUGACUCAAUUGACAAUGCACGCGAGGUGUUUGAUAAAACUCGAAAUAGAACUAUUUAUGUUUAUAAUGCGCUCUUUCGAGCGCUUUCUCUGGUGGGUCAUGGAGAAGAGGUUUUGAACAUGUAUCGUAGAAUGAAUUCUAUUGGGAUUCCCUCUGAUAGGUUCACUUAUACAUACGUGCUUAAAGCUUGUGUUGCAUCAGACUGUUUGAUGUCACUGCUAAACAAGGGAAAAGAGAUUCAUGCCCAUAUUUUGCGACAUGGGUAUGAUGGAUAUGUCCACAUUAUGACUACUUUGGUCGAUAUGUAUGCAAAGUUCGGUUGUGUGUCUUAUGCGAGCUGUGUUUUCAAUGAGAUGCCAGUGAAAAAUGUGGUUUCUUGGAGUGCUAUGAUUGCUUGUUAUGCGAAGAAUGGGAGGGCUUUCGAGGCAUUGGAGCUCUUCAGGGAAUUGAUGCUUGAGACUCAAGAUUUAUGUCCGAAUUCCGUGACAAUGGUUAGUGUACUUCAAGCUUGUGCUGCACUUGCAGCAUUGGAGCAAGGGAGGUUGAUACAUGGAUAUAUUCUUAGAAAAGGACUUGACAAUAUCUUGCCAGUAAUUAGUGCUCUUGUUACUAUGUAUGCUAGAUGUGGUAAGCUUGAAUUGGGGCAACGAGUUUUUGAUCAGAUGGAUAAGAGAGAUGUUGUUUCGUGGAAUUCUUUGAUUUCAAGUUAUGGUGUUCAUGGAUUUGGAAAGAAAGCAAUCGAAAUUUUUGAAGAGAUGACAUACAAUGGUGUAGAACCUAGCCCCGUAUCUUUUGUUAGUGUUUUGGGAGCUUGCAGUCAUGCAGGACUUGUUGACGAGGGGAAGAAAUUGUUUGAGUCAAUGGGUGGAGAGCAUGGGAUAUGCCCUCGUGUUGAGCAUUAUGCUUGUAUGGUAGAUCUUCUUGGGCGCGCCAAUAGAUUAAAAGAAGCUGCUAAAAUUAUAGAGAAUAUGCGGAUUGAGCCAGGACCUAAGGUUUGGGGUUCUCUUCUUGGAUCAUGCAGGAUUCAUUGUAAUGUUGAGCUUGCAGAGAGGGCAAGUAUAAGGCUUUUUGACCUUGAGCCUACAAAUGCUGGGAAUUAUGUGCUCCUAGCCGAUAUUUAUGCUGAAGCUGGUAUGUGGGAUGAAGUAAAAAGAGUUAAGAAGCUCCUAGAAGCUCAGGGACUGCAAAAAGUCCCAGGUCGCAGUUGGAUAGAAGUUAAAAGGAAAAUCCACUCAUUUGUCUCUGUUGAUGAGUUUAAUCCACGGAUGGAGCAGCUCCAUGCUUUGUUGGUUAAAUUGUCAAUGGAAAUGAAGGAGGAAGGCUACGUGCCACAGACCAAAGUUGUGCUCUAUGAUCUCGAGGCAGUGGAAAAGGAACGGAUUGUACUAGGCCAUAGCGAAAAACUGGCUUUGGCCUUUGGACUUAUAAAUACUAGCAAGGGGGAGCCAUUAGGAUAA